GUUGUACAAUCCAGUGUAUUGCCAAACAUGUUCAAGAGUACUUACGAGUCUAUAACAAAGGGCAAUCCCAUGUGGAAUGACCUAUCAGUUCCAGCUUCUAAACUAUACUCAUGGGACCCCAAUUCUACCUAUAUUCAUGAGCCACCGUAUUUCAAGAACAAGACCAUGGAUCCUCCUGGGCCCAGUGGAGUGAAGGAUGCUCACUGCUUGCUGAACUUUGGUGAUAGUAUUACAAUGGAUCACAUUUCCCCAGCAGGAAGCAUUAACAAGGAUAGUCCUGCUGCAAAGUAUCUCCUUGAGCAUGGGGUGGAAUGCAAGGACUUCAAUUCUUGUGGUAGCCAUUGUGGUAAUGAUGAAGUGACGGCAAGAGGAACUUGUGCAAAUAUCCGUAUUGUCAACACGCUAUUAAAUGGGGAAGUUGGCCCAAAGACACUUCAUGCUCCUACAGGCGAGAAACUUUAUGUGUUUGAUGCAGCAGCGAGGUACAAGGCUGCUGGACAGGAUACUAUUGUAUUGGCUGGAGCAGAGUAUGGAAGUGGAAGCUCUCGUGAUUGGGCUGCUAAAGGCCCAAUGUUGUUGGGAGUUAAAGCAGUGAUUGCAAAGAGUUUUGAGAGGAUACAUCGCAGUAAUUUGGUUGGGAUGGGUAUUGUUCCGCUUUGUUUCAAGCCUAGUGAAGAUGCAGACUCACUUGGCUUGACAGGUCAUGAGCGUUAUACCAUUGACCUUCCCAGUAAAAUUAACGAGAUAAGGCCUGGUCAAGAUGUUACUGUUAGGACUGACACUGGAAAAUCUUUCACCUGCACAGUUCGCUUUGACACCAAGGUGGAAUUGGCAUAUUUGGACCAUGGAGGCAUCCUUCCUUAUGUUAUUCGGCAACUGAUUACUCAGUAAUUGAUAUCAGUCUACAGCAGCUUGAUCCUCCAUUGAGCUCUUCUAGUUCUAAUACGUGAGAAGAGAAUAAAGUUUGUAAGAAUAUAAGCUAACCCCUUGCAGGGAUCGGGGAUUUUCAAAUUACUUCCACCUAGCAGGCGAGUUCAAGUGCCAAUGAAAGGUAGAACAUAUUUUUGUAAUAAAGUUCUCUUUUGUUUUUUCGCUUUAGAUUAUUGCCCGGUUUGGUGCUUGAAUGUCAUCCUUUGGGGUCCUAUGAGUGCAAGAUUAAAUUUGGCUGUUGCUUGCUAGAUUAAGUGAGUUAUAGCAACAUUCUGCUGGUGCAAUGCUACAAAUUUUGUUUGAGGAACAAUAUGGCUUGGACAUUUUAAGUUAGUAAACACGGAUUGAGAUCAUUCAAACAAAAGAUUCUCCUUUCUUUAUUGUUCUUGUUAUAAUUGUUUGUUCUAGGAGUUCAAAGACAUUUGUAUGUAUAACUUAAAAUUGUUGUGGAAACACCUAGCUUGGAUAUCAUUUGUUUCACCAUAAGUGAAUUUUUUU